CAUUGUCAAGAAACAUCGAACCCUUGAUAGGCGCAUUUACCCUGAGCAACAGUUGAAAAAGGCUAGUAUCGGGGCAACGGAUAAGAAGCAUCAAAGUGAUUGCAAUCUUUUGAAGACGGUUUAUUCGCAGUGAAAAAAGUCUCAAGUUCMGUUCGCAAAUACUCACUGGGGUCACAUCAUAUCAUUUUACAUCAAACCAUUUAGAAUAAAACACGACGCCCAAAAUAUAGACACACGCUACACAAAACAUGAGAAUACGGAACAGAUCUUAUGCCACGGCGUUUGCUGUGUCUGCUGCUACAAUCGCGAGUUUUUCUUCGCAGCAAGUGACGGAUGCAUUGCGAUCCUCCUCGUCACCUCGAUUAUUAUCUUCCCCUCGGACCAAAACAAAAAUACGAACGACAACAAGAAUCACGCCGACAAGAACAACAACGAGAAGAAGGGUGUCCCAUGUGGCAUGCCGAGCCUCCCGAACGGAAACCGAUCAGAAUACCAAUACCAAUUCCAACAACGAAACGAUACGCAUUCGGAGGAAAGCCAAUGGUGCCCCCGUUAUUGAUUCCGUCUUGCUUCAAUUCAUAUCUCAGCAAAACAAUAUCCCGGACGCGUUUCGGGAAGAAAAAGUGGCGGAAGGAGUUGCGAAUAUACUCGAGACAGCACGAAUAGAUCCCGGAGCAGAUGAGUUUAAUAGCGAUGACUAUGAAGGGCCACCGAUACGAGCUUACAUGAAUUCGACGGACCUGUCGUCAGGCGAAACGAAAUUGGUCAGAACUUCCGAGGAUUCGAAGGAAUUGCCACCACCACUAACACAGCCAGAGGACAAGAAGCAUUCACUAGCCGAAGAAAAUGUCAACUACGCGUCUACAACAGACGCAAUCAAACGAAAACUUACGGACACCGGAGGUUCCGUUGCUGCUGUCGACCCCGAGUCAAGCUCCGAAUCACAAGACUCUAUCGCACCGAAAACCGCGUCCUCUUGGAUGAUCCAAUUCGGCAGCUCAAGCGUUGCCCAGAUGUUGCUAAAGGAAGCCGGCGUCGAAGACUCGUUGGCCGCKAAGACCGCUGGGGAUGCAGUCGAACGGUACUGCGUCGUUCGAACCGCCCGCCGCCGGAUCCGCCGUUUUCUCAAGGAACGCGACAACCUCUGGGCCAGCACCGUCGAGGACCGCAGCAGCAGCGCCCGAGCCGAGCUGGAAUCCCUAGCCGCCUCGGACAUGGCCACGAGUCCAGCGGCCAGUUUACUGCUCUCGUCUGCCGAGGAGCAUCGCGAUAAAAGCGACAAUACGAUCAGAGAUCCGUCGUAUGGGUUUACGGAUGUUAUUGAGGUCUUGAAGGACUACGGUCUGACAGGAGACGACAUUUGCGUCUUGUUGACCCAUAGCCCGAACCUGGCACUGCGGGUUCCCCGCAAAUCCUUUUUGCGGGAAGGGGAAACGGAUCAUGCCGAAACUCUCGAGGAGACACUGGAUAGAUCCCUCACCGGGUUGCUCCUGGGGAGACUGAACCUGCGCAGAUACGAUGCCCGUAAGAUUCUGCGAACCUGCCCCGGCUUGUUGUCGGUGCGAGGCUCGGAAUCAGCCGCUCAGGUGCUCACGAUUAUGACCAAACUGGGCGUGUCCGAAUCGAGCCUGGCCCGGGACAAGUCCUCCCUGCCCGUCCUUUUGUCGCGAAGCCCGGCGGGACUUUUUCGACUCGUGGCCUUUCUUUCGAGCACAGCUGURCGCAUGCCCCUGGAAAAAAUCGGGCCUCUCCUGCGCGAGCGGUCGGGACGGGAGUUGAUGGACACGCUGGUGCCAGUUCCAAACACGAGCUUCAGCAAAGUGCGAAGAAGCGAUGAGGCUGCUCCGACGAAUGACCAGUUGGACGAAGAAGCCACAACCUCCACCUUAUUCGAUGAUGCUGCUGCGUGGUCCCGUACCCGCAUGGAGCGCCAGGAGCGGAUCGAACGUACUUACGCCAACAUGGUGAAAACCGCAUCUUUGCUAAGAGCCCAGACCGGAUCGAACGAUGUUAGCCGCGUUAUUUCGGCCUUUCCUAGUGUUCUCCUUCUAGACGCCGAAAAACAAAUUUUGCCCGUUGCCCGCUAUAUGAUGGGUGGCCUUGGGAUUUGGAAGGACGACCUGAGUAGCGUGAUCAAGCUGCACCCGACGGUACUCGGGAAAUCGAUCGAAGAACUGGAAAAGACCGUGAGCUACGUCCUCGCACAGGGCGUYGAGGAAGAUGCGCUGGCGGGAAUCUUUCGUGCUUUUCCCGGCCUCUUUGCGCUCGAAGUCGAAACCAUGCAAACCGUAGUCGACUACCUGAAAAGUAUUGGUGUGCGGGACAUCGGAUCAUUUAUCACGAAGCUCCCUCCYAUAUUGGGAUAUUCCGUGGAAAAAGACCUUAAACCCAAGUGGGAAUUCCUUAAGACGGUUUGCCUCCAACCGGAGUUUGAGCUGGCACAGUUUCCGGCCUAUUUUUCCUAUCCCUUUGGUAGGGUGAUCAAAACCCGGUUCAACUACCUGGCAUACAAGGGGAUUUCCAUCCGUUUCGUCUCGAUGCGGAUCGAUACCGUCCUACGGUUUGGAGACGUUGACUUUGCAACCAAGGUGGCGGUCGAUGACGAUGGAGGAGCAGCUUUUCGCAGGUUUGGGAAACAGCGAGAGAGUCGCUCGGCAAAUGGACACGCGCGGCGCAUGGCGUCUUCCAAGAAGAAAAAGAAUCACGGACGGCGAAACGAUCAACGAAAGCGGAACUUUCACAAGAACAGCAAAAAUGGCGCAACAUCUAGAUUCGAGAAGAGAUACAUCAACAACAACAAUUAUAACARCAAUAACGGAAGCAGGAAUUCCAACAGCAACGAUCGCCGCCGGAAGGAACAGCARUCUCGACAAACCGAGUCUCCAUUGGAAGCGGCCAAACGCCUUUCUAGGGACAUCGACAAUGCCAAGGAUCUGGCCGAGCUCAAUAAGUCCUUUAGGGAGGCCAUGCCCCUUCGAAACCGCCGGAUUCCACCGCAACAACAGAAACGAAAUACAAAGCAACCGGCGCAAAAGCCUAACAUCAUCACGAAGCAAAUACAGGAGAAAAACGAUGAAGCAGACGACGCGUCGUGGCCAGUUACGGCGUAAAAAUAAUGGUGUUUCACUUCGUCAAUCAUUCGAUUGAGGGCAAGCAUGACAAACUAGAUUGAAAAUCACCGUGCCGCACUCCAUGUGACGAACCAAUGAUAAAUAAUAAUAGAACCUGUAUUAUAUC